AUGCCUUCGCCCGACGCGUCAGAGGCGGAUUCGUCACGUCGUCCAGUCUUACCGACUGGCGACUCACAGCAACCAGGCGCUACCAACGAGUCGUCGCAAGUUGUUGCAGCCGAUGAUAACUCCAGACCUGAAGCGCUCAAUGGCUCCUCUGAUAAACCGACUAAUGGCCCGGUGCUAGAUUCUAUAUCUGACUCUAAGCAAAACGCAAAGGCAAUGCUGUCAGCUGUAUCUCCAGCCAAGUCCAAUUCGUCUGAAGGCCAGCAACAACAACAACAGCAUGCAUCGACAGCUAAUGGGACGAAUGGAACCAAUGGGGUCAAUGCGAGUCGGAAACGUUCACGGUCGGGCUCUGUCAUCUCAUCCUCUUCCCCAGACAACGCGCCUGUCAUUGUACGAGAGACGCCGGCAGAGAAGAUUCUCCUCGAGCAGUAUGUGUAUAGAGAGUUCCAGCACAAUGCUUUAGAAGCUACGCGGAAUAAAAGCCAGGAACUCUUUCAUCAGAAGAGGGCAGAACGGGACUAUCUAUUGGCAUUGCGUCGCGAAAAUCAACUCAAUCCCGCUGCGAUCUACGGCGUUGGCUAUGAAGGAUAUGGCAAUGCACGGACAGAUCUGAGGAAUCAACACCCCCAAUUGCUGUACCCUGCUAACCGGCGCCGUCCAGGGGGAAGAAAAACCAGGGAAUUGCGAAUAUCGAGAAAAGAUCUCAAGGCACAAAGUGAGCUUCGGGAAGAUUUGGUUCCUAUUCGAUUAGACUGCGAUUGGGAUAAGGUCAAGAUUCGUGAUACAUUUACGUGGAAUCUUCAUGACAGAGUCGUAUCUCCCGAACUAUUCGCUGAAAAGCUUGUGGAGGAUUUGGGGCUUCAACCCGAAUCAUGCGCGCCACUCAUCCGGCAAAUAACCCAGAGCAUCCAAGAACAGAUAAGCGAUUAUUUCCCCCAUGUCUACAUGGAAGAAGAUCCUCUCGACCCACAUUUGCCAUACGAAGCAUACAAGAAUGACGAGAUGCGCAUUCUCGUUAAGCUCAAUAUUACCAUUGGCCAGCAUACUCUUGUCGAUCAAUUUGAAUGGGAAAUCAACAAUCCGUAUAACUCUCCAGAGGACUUCGCUCUACAAAUGACAAACGACCUGUCUUUAUCAGGCGAGUUUACAACAGCCAUUGCUCACUCAAUUCGAGAACAGGUGCAGCUAUUCACCCGUUCAUUGUACAUUACAGCACAUCCAUUUGACGGACGACCCGUUGAUGAUCCAGACCUCAAAACCGCCUUCUUACCUUCUCCUAUGUCAUCUACUUUCCGACCUUUCCAGGCUGCCAAAGACUUCACGCCUUAUUUGUAUGAACUCAACGAAGCCGAACUGGAACGCACCGAAGUAUCGAUAUCGCGCGAGCAACGAAGACAGAAACGAUCUGUCAAUCGCCGUGGCGGUCCUGCUCUACCCGAUCUCAAAGAUCGACAACGAACGAUUCGCACCAUGAUUGUUUCCUCCGUGAUACCCAAUAGCGCCGCCUCAAUCGAAGAGACUCGUUUGUACAAGAGAUCUUCAAGUGGACGUACAAGGCGUGCCGGUGCUGGACAACGCGAUGGUUUGGAUGAUUCCGAUCUGUCGGACAGCGAUGAUUCUUCGGUUGGUUCUCCGGCUAUCGGUACCCAUCUAGCUCAAGGCACAGCUCGCACAAGAGGAAUGAGAGGAGCAGCAUCUGCUGCACAGGCAGCUAUGCGAGCCAAUUUUGCACAAUCCGCCACGCCUGAACCCUCGCAUCAUGAACCACGAAUAUCGCGGCGGCGAGACUACCGGGAGGAAAGCUCAGAAGAACCAGAGAAACUUGUGGUGACUUUCAAAUUCGCCAAGGACCGAUUUAGACAGUUGGUUUCGGACCUAAGCAACCGUAAACGCCCGUUGACACCGAACUUCCCGGCUCAGAUGCCAGCAUCAAAAAGCAGCACUCCUCAGCUAGCCACUCCUGUUCAGAGCACAAUGCCUCCACCCAGCACUCAACCCCAACAUGCAUCCACGAGCCGGCCGGGCAGCAUCAGCGGUGUUCCGCAAUCGCAUACUCCAACCUCACAGAUUGGAGCCGUUGAUGCCCCUAAUCCUCCCCAGUCCGGGGUGCCACCUCCCGCCGCACCAAGCUGGCUCAUAGCCGGGUUAGAGAAACUCAAGAAGGGAUAUCCAAACGAUAAAUUCGAAGAAGUCAUGCGCUACUCUGCCGUGGAUACAACAACAAUGAUGCCUGUAGCCUCAAACGCGCCACCCUCAAAUGGCAAAGUGAAAUAUCAAUACCUGCCUCGUAUUCGUUGUCUCGAUUGUCCCGGUAAAUUAUACACACCUGGCCCGGGCAUGACGGUGGAGAAUUUUGAGGUCCAUCUAAGGAAUCGGCAACACAAGGAACGUGUCGAAGCAAGACUAGCCAAAGCCGCAGGUGGUAGCAGUAGUGCUGCUACUACCCCCGCAUGA